AUGGAAAAGUACAUGAACUCCUUCCCAGCAGGGACCAUACUCUGUGUGCUUCUCUUGUACUCUACGAUCCAUACACAUUGCCAAAUCAUGGAACGCCAAGAGAACAUGAAGAUCCAUUUACCAACUGGAUUAUGCGUCUAUAGAAAAGGAACUUCACUAUGCAAAGAGAAGUCAUUUUGUUUCUGUUGUUUAGUGAACCGCAAGUGCUAUCUUGCGAUGGAUGUUUGCAAGAGUGUAUGUGGAAAGCAUGGUCCAUUGGGUAUUCAGGCUUCAAAGAAACAUUUUUUACCACCCUCCCAUGUAAUAUACGGAUGA